UUUAUCAGGCUGUCAAACCAACUGGAGUAAACCACCAGCAGUGUGUGUGUCUGUGUUCGUGUGUGUGUUAGCACUGGACGGAGGAUUAAAUAUUACCUUUCAAUAAAGCUGCACCUCUUUAAAAAGUCAACAUGCAUCCGGUCAGAGUGUCCAUUCCGUCGUUCCGCUCCGAGAACAACUCGAUGGAAAAAGGAUUCACGGUCUUUAAAAUUGACGUGCUGAUGAAUGGCCGACAGCAUACCAUUGAGAAGCGCUACAGUGAAUUCCACGCUUUGCAUAAAAUGCUAAAGAAGAGCAUAAAACCACCUGAAAUGCCCUCCAAACAUGUCAGAAACUGGGUUCCCAAAGUCCUGGAGCAGCGGAGGCAAGGUCUGGAAUUCUACCUGCAGACUAUAAUUAUGGAAAAUGAGGUUCUUCCAAAGAUAUUCCUGGAUUUCCUGAAUAUCCGCCAUUUUCCUUCUGUGCCAAAAACGGAGAGCUGUGGGUCAUUCGAUACAGAAUCAGAGGAAUCGAGUAAACUUUCACACCAGCCUGUCAUGCUGUUUCUGAGGGACCCCUACCUGCUGCCAUCUGCACACGAUACAUUUUCCAACGUCGUGAUUGAAGGCGUGAUACACGGAGUUUUCUAUCCAGAUCUUCAGCCGAGGUAGAGCUGAAUCUGAGGGGAAGGCUUGAUAUUUUUGCACCAUUUUAGGUGUUUGUCAGGAAGAACAUAACACGCUAACAUAGACUGAGCCUCAUCUACAUUUCCCAAAGUGUUUAGCGCAAAAUUUAUUUUUAAAAAAAAAAAAAGAAAGAAAGUGCACCUGAUCUCACAAAAAAAUCCUCACCAAACACUAAAUCAUCCCUUUGUCUCUGUAGUCACUAACUUUCACAAAAUAGUUAAAAACACAUAUCAGCUAUACACUUUGACAGGCUAACUUAGAUGUUUUAAAGCAUGAUGAUCAAAACAGGAAAGGAUUUAGAUUUUUAGGAAUGAUAGAGUUAUUUCUAUUGAAAGAAACGAGUGAAAUAAAUAAACAGAAUCAAGUGAAAACACAAACAAGAAGCUCGUCGAUGUCGGGGAGACUUGAAAGGUGAAAUGCUAAUACCAGCUGGACUGAAGGUUAGUUUGCCAGAAGCUGAAGAGCAUUUCUGACCUGCUAGGACAAAGUGCAGGCCUGAAAUGUGGAGCUGGAUGGAUCACCACGGCCUGCAAACACUGAGCUGCCACUCCCUUUGUAGCGCCACCGAUGUGGUUUUGAUUUUAUUUGUUUUGAGCUGCCGAACGGAGCCAACAGAGGGAGUGUAGCGGGCAGAUUUUUCAAGCGAGUGUUUGUGCAUUGACCUGAAGUUGACAGCUCCAUGCCACAUGUUAGGUUGGAAGUGAUGGAGCUUUAUAAAUAGACCGAGGGCAGUGAUGUGGACCUCUUUGGUGGAGCAGGAGACGUCUGAAGAAGCGUUGCAGUGUUGACAGCGAGCUCUGCAGGAGGAGCAGUUUGGUGAGGAGGAGAUGAAGUCGAGAUUUUGGGGUGAAAUGAUGCUUUGAGAAUAAACCGCAACAGAAAUAAACUUGAGGCGCAACCUGUAAGUGAAGAAAGACGUGUUUAGCUGGAAGUGGGCGCCGUCUGAGUUUUAGAAAUGAGAUGCUGACGGAGCAGUUAUAGAGGAUUAUUGCAAAUCCAAGGUGCUUCUCCUUUUCUAAUUCAGAGUUUCAGUGAGAUAUGAGCCUGUCAGCAAAGCCGAUUAGAAUUAUUGUCAUCCAAAACUACACACAUGACCUACUUAGACGAUAGAGAUCUAAGUAAGACAUCUAAAUCUGGUCGUAGCCUGUGAAGAAAUAAAUCUCUGUAUUCAUCAUUAGAUUAAAGUCUUGAGCCAACACAAUCCUGUCUUACUGCCCCCAGAUCUCACAGAAACUGACUUCAGACGCUGUAGGUGCAAGUAGAUUUUCACUUAGAGGCUUUAGUUUGUGCACAAAUAAGAGGAUUUUGUUGAUUUUGUGUCCUGAUAACACUUAGUAAAGACCAGCAUCUAACACUAAUGUUGCAUGUACAGAUAAUACAGAAGGCCAGUUGUGAAUUUGUGGUGAUUAGAGGCACAGUCACCAUAAUGUAAAGGGAUGCAAAGGGAUUCUUUUUAAAGAGAAUAUGUAAAAAAAAAAAAAAAAAAAAGACAUUUACAGCCAGUAACAUGUUGUGCAAUACUGAAUUAAUUACAGUCUUUAUGUUGCAGAGCCCAACCAGUUGCCUCAAUACUGACCUCAAUAUAUCGGCCGAUAUUCGUAACAUAAGUUGGUCAUAAUAAAAAGGAAAAAUGAUGGCCUCACUGGUUAAAUUUCCUACAAUGUAUUUCAUAAGCUAGAUAUUACCUUACUGUGAAGACACCGCUUGACUCCGCACCUGCUCUGCUACAUGUGCUGCAGACAGACCUGAGAGUCGGAGCUGCUUUUCCAGUGGAACCAUUUUGUGAGGCCACUAUUUCUAGCAUCUUUUCCUGCAUUAUAUUCUGUAAAACAAGCAUAUCAAACAUCACAAACGUCGAUAUUGAUAUAUCUACGAUAGGCAAACAUCGAGCGAUAAUAUUGGGCGUCUAUAUCGGUCAGGCUCUAGACUAUUAAGAAGGAAUUUCUGUGAAACUGCAAAACAUCUCACCUUGUGAAGACUCUAAAUAAGCUGUUGUAAAUCUUCAUGUCACUUCAAACAGUUUAUCUGCCUUUUUUUUUAGAGCUUUCUCAUGUGACUGGACCUCCACUACAUAUUUGUACUGAGUGAAAUGAAUCCUGAAUAACGAACCUCAACUAAAGAGAUCAUGAUUUUAUGUUUUAACAAAGCGAAUCGUUUCCUAGAAAUCCAUGUUGUAGAUGUAUGUGAAUUUAUAUCGAGUAAUAUGUGUCAUUUCUGUGCCAUAAUGCCAACCUAAAGUGAACACUGGAAUCCUACUGUAGCACUUUGAGAUGGAUGUUAUGAAAAAUACUGACACUAAUAAAAUUCAUUAUUUACUCAA